UGCACGUGCACUGCAGUAUGUUACAGGAUUACAGAUUUGACUGUAAAACGCGAGUGCCGGACGUAAUAAUAUCAUUGUCCCAAAUAUUAUUUUAAUCAAACUAAUUAAAAAUCUGUACGUUAACCACACAGUUCAUUUAAUGCAUGCCCAUCGUAUUAUUAUUAAUACAUUAGCCCCCUUUUAACUUAUUGAACUUUUUUUUUUUUAUUAAUUUAUUAACACCAAGAAUUCGCUUCGCGUUGCCAAUUGAUUAGCGUAUUGUGUAAUUAUUUUGUUUUCCGACAAUGACGGGUAUACGUUGCGACUGUCAGUCCACGAUAUUGUAGCACGUACGGCUUAUAGCUAGAAGUGACAUUCGUUAUCAAUGUUCGACGUUUACAAAUUCGGAUAUUCAACAGGUCUAUACGCGCUAAAACACAUACAGAGAAUACAUUACAAUUGUACACUGAUAGUUAUAAUACUUGUAAAUAAAUGGACAACCCGAGGUAUGAACACGACAAUGGCCUACAUCAAAACGCAACUGUUAUCAAUGGCAAUCUACAGUUAAAUUAUGAUACAGUAAACAAUGAUGUUAUCUUGGCAGUGGACGACGUGGAAUCGUCAAAACUUGAUUCUAAUCAGAAGACAACAUUUACCCAACACACUAAAAGCACUUGUCUAAAAAAUAUAACCACUUUUACCAAAAGAAAACUAUUUAUAUUACAAUGGAUUCCUUCUUAUUCGGGUGAUGACUUUCUUGGCGAUCUCUUGGCUGGCAUAACGAUCGGCUUAACUGUAAUACCUCAAUCAAUGGCAUUGGCGAGCAUAGUCGGAGUACCAGCUCAGUAUGGUCUUUAUAGUUCCUUUGUCGGGACAUUCAUUUACUUACUAUUUGGCACCAGCAAAGUAGUCCCUAUGGGACCCACCGCUAUCGUAGGUCUGUUGAUUAACAACACGAUCGGGACCCGGGGAUCAGCGUACGCGACGUUGUUGUGCUUCCUGACCGGCAUCAUCCAGACGCUGAUGAGCUUCGCAGGCUUGGGGAUCAUCGUCAACUUCAUAUCCGUACCGGUGUCUUCGGGGUUCACGUCAGCCUCAGCCAUUCUUAUCAUUACUUCCCAGGUGAAAGACCUUAUUGGCGUCAAGGGUGGCGGCGGAAACCUGUUUAAGAUGGUCCGAACCGUGUUGGAGCACAUCAAUAAUAUAAGCAUGGGAGACACGGUCAUGGGCUUUGGGUGCAUAGCGGCAGUGAUGCUCUUAAAGGCGUUCAGUACUACGCGGAUAGGUUCAAAAGAAGAAGAACUACAAACUAUGUGGCAAAAAUAUGUAAACAAGGCCAUCUGGGCGAUCGGUGCAUUCAGAAAUUCAUUUGUAGUAAUCGUAUGUAGUAUUAUCUGUUAUUGGUGUGUACAUAAAACAAACCACGAUAUUACGUCCGAUUGGCCACCACCAAUCCCGUUCAAAGUCAUCGGCAAAAUACCCUACGGAUUACCCCAUUUACAGUGGCCGGAGUUUAGCAACAAUGACGAGAGUUUCUUCGACAUGAUCUUCUUCAUGGGCUCAGGAAUCAUUGUGAUACCACUAAUAUCGUUACUCGAAAACAUAUCUCUCUGCAGAACGUUUGCGGAGGGUAAGCCAGUGGACACGGACCAAGAGCUGUUGGCAAUUGGUCUGGCGAACCUCGGCAAUUCGUUCUUCCAGGGUUUUACUGGGUCUGGCGCUAUCGCCAGAGGAGCACUCAACUAUUCGAGUGGCGUGCGCACACCCCUUGGAGGUCUAUACACGGGACUUACUGUUAUGGCGGCAUUGGUGUAUUUGACACCAUAUUUCUAUUACAUCCCGAAGACCUCGCUGGCCGCCGUUAUAAUCGCCGCCUCGUUUAUGAUGGUCGACGUCAAUAUUGUCAAACAAAUUUACAGGUCAAAAAAAAGAGAUUUGGUACUCAUGUUGAUCACGUUCUUCUCGUGCUUGUUUCUUCCACUGGAAUACGGUGUGCUCAUCGGCAUCGUUGCGAACGUCGGGUUCAUAAUGUUCAGUGCUGCCAAGCCCAAAAUAUCUAUCCAAGUGCAAAAGAACCACGACGGGAUCAAAUACUUGUUGCUAACACCGGACCGGUACUUGAUAUUCCCUUCGAUGGAACACGUACGGCAGACGAUAACCAAACACGGCCUCGCUCUUGGGAUCCCUGUAGUCAUCGACGGUUCCAGUAUAUUUGAGGCAGAUUUCACAACGGCAAACGUAUUUGCCAUGAUGUCACGGGACUUUUCAAAAAAAGGACAAUUCUUAUACUUGUUUAAUCUAAAACCCAGCGUAGCUAAUGUAUUCAAAGGAAUAAAAAAUUGUAAUAUUUUUUUGUGUGCAAAUAAAGACGAGUUAGACGAACUGCUAAGAAAACAUUUUGGACCGUCACAAAUUCAAGAACAAUAUCAAAACGAAACAAUUUGGACUUCAAAAUUGUAAACUUAAAACAAAUGAUCUUUGAAUAAAAUACAAUAUAUUGGUUUUAAGUAAAUUAAAAUUAUGUGUGGCAGUUUAUAAGACUUUAGAUGUUUCGAAAACGAAACGAGUUGAAUGUAAUUAUUUGGCUGAAAUAUAAUAUCAUCAUUGAUUAUAAAUGUAUGUAAUAUACUCUUAUCAGUAUACUUAGAUCAAUAAAUAUAUAUUGUAAUCAAUGAUGAUUUGACGUGUUCUGUCGCAGUGUCACGUAACAUAUAACUUAUGAGCAUAUUAUAUUUUAUUAUUUAUACAAUAAAAGGAGAGUAUAUAAUAUUUAUGUACAAAUGUUUAUCAA